AUGGCCCUUCUCUGGGUUGUCCUUGGCUUCUUCCUCUUUGGCAGCAGCUUCGCCCCCCACUCCUCCACUGGGCGCUCCUGGAGCGCCCUCCGCUGCCUGGAGGUCCCGGCACCUUCUAAGGGCAGCUGUCAGCUGGACCGGUGGGGGGCUGAAUUCCUUGCAGCGGACAAAACUCUGAGUGCCAGGGUGCCACAGAGGCCUGGAAGUGCUGAGUCUUCCCCUGACCCCCUUGGGGCACCACCCACUGACCAGCCGCACUGUCCUUGUCCCUCAGGCUGCGGGGUCCCCACCAUCGACCCUGUGCUGAGCGGCCUGUCCAGGAUCGUCAACGGGGAGGACGCUGUCCCCGGCUCCUGGCCCUGGCAGGUGUCCCUGCAGACUAGCUCCGGCUUCCACUUCUGCGGGGGCUCCCUCAUCAGUGCGGACUGGGUGGUCACCGCCGCCCACUGCGGGGUCAGGAAGAGUCACCUCGUGGUGGCCGGGGUAUCUGAUCACGGCUCCGAGGAGGAGGCUGUUCAGGUGCUCAGGAUCGCUGAGGUCUUUGAACACCCCCUGUGGGACCUGCGCACGGUCCAAAACGACAUCGCCCUGCUGAAGCUGGCCACGCCCGUGAGCCUCUCCAGGACCGUGUCCGCCGUGUGCCUGCCCAGCGCCAACGCCAGCUUCCCUGCGGGCUCCCUGUGCACCACCACGGGCUGGGGCAAGACCCGGUACAACGCUCUCAAGACCCCCGACAAGCUGCAGCAGGCGACCCUGCCCAUCGUGUCCAACGCCGACUGCAGGAAGUACUGGGGCAGCAAGAUCACCGACGUGAUGAUCUGUGCGGGCGCCAGCGGCAUCUCCUCCUGCAUGGGCGACUCCGGUGGCCCCCUGGUCUGCCAGAAGGAUGGAGCCUGGACCCUGGUGGGCAUCGUGUCCUGGGGCAGCGGCCGGUGUGGCCCGUUCUCUCCAGGCGUGUACACCCGGGUCACCAAGUUUAUUCCCUGGGUUCUCGAAGUUCUGGAGGCCAACUGAGCCU